GAGCGGAGAAGAGUUAAAAAAGGGCGCCUGCUUUGCUCACUCUCUCUCUCUCCCUGCUUUGCUCUGUUCUGUUCUGCCUCUAAUGGAUGCUUCGGGCUAUGCUAUCAUCCCCCAAGAAUGCACCUACAGGUGGCACUACCGGCCCCAUCGGCCAUUACCUCCGCCGCUCCCCGUGGCCCCGCCUGGCCGCACCACCGUCAUCGACCCGUGCAUCCUCUCCGCCGUGGAGAGGGACAUUCUGUGGUACAGUUUCAGGGACCUCGGACUCCUCGAAGAGGCCCUGAUUCACCCCUCCUGCGUCGGCUCCCCCUCCAAUUACGAGCGCCUCGAGUUCCUCGGGGACUCGGCUCUCGGCCUCGCCGUCACCAACCACCUUUACGAGUCCUACCCUGAACUUGACCCCGGUCAGCUCUCCCUCCUCAAAGCAGCCAACAUCAGCACCGAGAAGCUCGCGCGCGCCGCCCUUCGCUCCGGGCUUUACAGGUGUUUCCGGCACAAUACCGCUACACUCGAUGACAAGGUGAGAGAGUUCGCCGAAGCCGUUAAAAGGGAAGAAAACACGGUGGUCCAUGGCGGAACAGUAAAAGCCCCGAAAGUUCUUGCAGAUGUAGUCGAGUCUGUGGCCGCUGCGGUUUAUGUCGACGUCAAUCUCAAUCUCAAGAGACUGUGGGUGAUCUUUAGGCAUAUCUUGGAGCCAAUCGUUACCCUCGACGAGCUGAGGCAUCAGCCUCAGCCUGUUAGCAUGCUAUACGAGCUGUGCCAGAAGAAUGGGAAAACUGUAAAUAUCUCCCACUGGCUGGACGGUGAGAAGCACAUCGCUAGAGUUUGUGUAGAUGGGAAGUUUAUUGCCUCGGGAUCUUCUGAGCACAGGGAGAUUGCAAAGCUUGAUGCUGCAAAGCUCGCCUUAGCUAAAUUUGCCGAUCCCAAGCCUGCUAGAGAACGGGAAGGGGCGAUCGGGUCACCUGAAAGAGUAAAGAAGAAGUUGCAUCGCGAAAGGAAAAACUUUCCUUCUAUUUUUGGUGUGGAGGAGAUUCUAGGAUACGAGUUUAGGAAUAGAAGACUCCUUGAAGAGGCCUUGACACAUUCAUCAUAUGACGAGAAUUCAUCCUACGAGCGGUUAGAGUUCGUGGGGGAUGCUGUCUUGGAGCUUGCUCUCACUAAUUAUGUUUACUCGGCUUAUCCAAAGGCUGACCAAGGUCAGCUCUCCCUUCUUCGUGCUGCAAAUAUUAGCACCGAGAAGUUUGCCCGUGUUGCCUUAUAUCAUGGACUUUACUGGUUUAUGAGGCACAGUUUAGCUGCUCUUGAUGAUAAGGUCCAAAAAUUCGCCAAAGCAGUUGAAGAAGAUGGAGAUGCAGCAGUGUAUGGAGGGUCGGUAAAAGCACCUAAAGUUCUUGCUGAUAUUGCAGAGUCGGUGGCAGCUGCUAUUUAUGUUGAUAUCGGUUUUGAUCUCGAGCAGUUAUGGGUGAUCUUUAGGAGUCUUUUGGAGCCAGUCGUCACCCUUGAAGUGCUUCAGCACCAGCCCCAGCCUGUGACUUUGCUCUAUGAGCUGUGCCAGAAGAAGGGCAAAACAGUUCAUUUUCAGAACUGGAAGAAGCAUUCUAGAAAUAUAACGAGUGUCUUUGUAGACGGGAAGUUUGUUGCCUCAGGCUCUUCCAGAAUGAAGGAGACUGCCAAACUCAAUGCUGCGAAGUCGGCCUUGAUGAAACUGUCGGAAUUGGAACAUCUUAAUCGAGGAGAGGUGGAGAUUCCCGAUUGGAUCGAUGGGCCGUUUGAGAUAGAAGGAGCAAAGCAGAAGCUGCUUGAGCUAUGCGGAAAGAAGAAGUGGUCGUAUCCGACUUACAGUCGCGAGAAAGAGAUGGGUCCUACAAACGACAAGAAAUUCAUCUGUUCUGUAAAGAUCCCGACCUCGGAGGGAGUCCUCUGCAUGAUGGGAGACGAGAAGAACCGCAUAAAAGAUGCAGAGAACUCUGCUGCUUCCCUCAUGAUCCGCGCCUUGUACGAAUCAAACCUCUUGUCAUAACCCUUCGACCUCAGUCUCUUAGAAAGGGAUUAGUGUCAGGUUCAAUUCAAUGGAGUUGAAUGCAAUCGGCAUAGGAUAAUCUCAUAUGCCGAAUUCAUUCCACUCCGUAGUACGAAUACAUUGUGUACUUAUAGAGUCGUGUGUCUAAUCCACCCAAUAAGCUGCAAUUUUUUUUUGCAUGGAAUGAAAGUGAAGCCAUUCCUUUUGCUGCUAAAAGUGUAGCUUUAUGCAUAAUGGAGUCUUCUCCGUGUUACUCCUUAGGUGUUCUGCGCACUCUAUUGUGAAAGAAAUCUGUACAGCUGCUUGAGUAAA